UCACACUCACACUCACCUCCACCUUUAAAUCCAAAACAGGCCCACAAUGACACCAGUCAGGCUGCGACACCCACGCGGUGUGACGACGCUCGAGAUUGACCCCGAGACGCAAGGGGUCGCCGACCUGCGCGUCCUAAUCUUCUCGGCCACCGAGAUUCCCCCGAGCGAGCAGGAAAUCAAGUACGGCUACCCGCCAAAGCCGCUGCCCGACACGGCGGGCAGAUUGUCCACUAUCCCCAUCACACGUGGCGAGCAGCUUAUCGUGACCGCCGUGCCGCCGACAAUCAAGUCGCCGCGCCUCCGUCGCCCAUCCGUCAAGGAGCAGGACGCGGCCCUGUCGGCGCCGUCACCGCCGAGAGACAAGCCCGCCCCCAAGCCCCAGCUCUCGCCCCUCGAGGACGGCGACAUCCCCGUCGAGGCGUCCGAGUCGGUCAAGCUCCCCGGCCUCGAUGCGGGGUAUCUCCAGCUCCGUGUGGUGCCAGACGACAACUCGUGUCUCUUCUCCGCGAUCGGCUUGGUGUUUGAGGGCGGAAUAUCGGCAGCGCAAAACCUGCGAAAAGUGGUCGCCGAUGCCAUCAAGGCUGAUCCGGUGAAUUACUCGGACGUGAUGCUGGGACGGCCACGCGACGAGUACAUUGCCAAGAUCCUGCACAAGGACACCUGGGGAGGCGCGAUCGAGCUGUCCAUCUUUGCCCAGCACUACAAAACCGAGAUCUGCUCGUUUGACGUCGCGACUGGCCGGUGCGACAGGUUCGGCGAGGGCAACUAUGAGUCGAGGUGUCUGCUGGUGUACUCUGGGAUCCACUACGACGCGAUCACGCUCUCUCCGCUCGAGACAUCACCGCCGUCAUUCCACACGACCGUCUUCCCCGUCAACGAGGACGACAUCUUACCGACGGCUGAGAAGCUCGUCACGACUCUCCGCAAGCGCCACUACUUUACCGACACUGCCAACUUUGACCUCAAGUGCGGCGUCUGCGGUCUCGGCCUCAAGGGGGAGCAGGGCGCGCGCGAGCAUGCCAUGAUGACGGGCCACGUCGACUUUGGGGAAUACUAGGUGUAAUUGUGCUCACUCGAACACUGGCUCUCUCUCUCUCUCUCUCUCUGGCUCUCGACUAUAGAUGCUGUUACCCCGGCUGGUUGUUACUGUUUACCUGUUAUGAUAUGUGAUACUUAUUCCUCCCUCA